AUAGAUUUAAAAAGAGAGGCUGCAUUCUCAGACUGACACUUAUUCAACACUGCCACCUUAAGCAGAUUACUUUUGCGCUCGCCUGUGUCCAAUACGUGCUUCACUUUGCCUACAUCCAUUAUGUUUGGGAUGCUCCAGCACCACCUUCACCCCGGUGUUCUUUUCUUCUUCUUCUUAUGGCUAUGCCAUCUCAUGGAAGAUCAAAAAGUUCAAGCUGGAAACUGCUGGCUGCAACAGGGGAAGAACGGGAGGUGCCAGGUGCUGUACAUGCCUGGGAUGACCCGAGAGGAGUGCUGUCGGAGCGGGAGACUGGGGACGUCCUGGACCGAGGAGGACGUCCCCAACAGCACGCUCUUUAGGUGGAUGAUCUUCAAUGGCGGAGCUCCUAAUUGCAUACCGUGCAAAGGUGGAGAAAGCUGCGAAAAUGUCGACUGCGGUCCCGGUAAAAGGUGCAAGAUGAACAGGAAAGGUAAGCCGCGCUGCGUCUGCGCUCCAGACUGCUCCAACAUCACCUGGAAAGGUCCGGUGUGCGGCUCAGACGGCAAGACCUACAAAGAUGAAUGCGGACUCCUGAAGGCGAAAUGCAAAGGCCAGCCCGACCUGGACGUGCAGUACCAAGGAAAAUGCAAAAAAACCUGCCUCGGUGUCCUGUGCCCGGGAACCACCACCUGCGUCGUGGACCAGACUAACAACGCAUACUGUGUGACGUGUAAUCGGAUUUGCCCCGAUGUGGCGUCGUCUCAGCACUACCUGUGUGGGAACGACGGGAUCACCUACGCCAGCGCCUGUCACUUGAGAAAGGCCACCUGUCUCUUGGGCAGGUCAAUCGGUGUGGCAUAUGACGGAAAAUGCAUCAAGGCCAAGUCAUGUGAGGACAUCGAGUGCAGCGCAGGGAAGAAGUGUCUGUGGGACGCUCGGAUGAGCCGGGGUCGCUGCUCGCUCUGCAACGAGUCCUGUCCGGAGAGCAGGACGGACGAGUCGGUGUGCGCCAGCGACAACACCACAUAUCCCAGCGAAUGUGCCAUGAAGCAGGCUGCUUGUUCUAUGGGGGUGUUGCUGGAAGUCAAGCACACAGGAUCUUGCAACUCUACAUCACUCCAGCUAUAGGAAGCAGAAAGGACUUGGAAAUGGAAGAACUUGCAUGACUUUUGUCUUUGUCGCUGAUUUUUUUGUUCUUGUGUUCUUGAUUUUUUUUCUCUCGCAUUUUUAAAGUAUUUUUUGGAAAGCAAGUUAAGAGAAAAGUGACUGAACGAUUUAAUCCUAUGUAAGUUGUCGCUAAAAGCCUGGGAGGAAAGAUAAUCUUAUCAAAUAAGCUCAAACACUAGAAGAGACCUAGUUUGCUUGCUGUGGCGCAACCCCAGAGCUGGCCCAAGGCGUAAGGGAACAACUGAGUUGCUGCUGAAGACAUCCAGGCCAGCAGGAGGCUCUCAAGAGAGUCUCAGUUUGCUUUGAUGUUUGAACUUUGGAUCUGGGACUGAAAUAACACCCAAUUUAACUAUGUUCCAGCUACAAGUUUGAAAACCAGUUAAAGUUGCUAAUUGUUGUAAUAACAGGGUAACAAUGGAAGAGCGUAACGCUGCCCAGUUUAAUAUUGUAAAGUGCUGUAACUUUAUUCAAUUUUAACCUUAAUGAUGAUGUCAUUUAAAAGACCAUUACAUGCGCUUUCAAAUGCAUUUGUUUUGACAUAUAAUAUAUUGCAUAAAUAUACCUCAUAUUUGAGGUGACAUGUCGGUCAGUGGGUAAUGGUCUUAGCUGUAAGUGGGCUCCCAACUCACAUUCUGCAUUGGGCUCCUAAAACCUUUGGCCAGCUCUGGAAUAUCCUGAAACUUAAACCUAGUUAGAGUCGUAGUCAUACUAGUCGCCUGCAGAAGCAGGAAGCCUUAAAUUUCAUGCAGUAUCUCAUCUUAGAGAUCACAUUACUACAGCUUGUAAAUUCCAUGCUCGCACUGCUUGAUUCUUAGAAACCUUUUUUCUUUAUGAUGUUUUUCUUUUUAUUGCUUUUGACUGUAAUCAAUCAAACGCCCUAGAAAUAUUAGCUCACAACAAGCAAAAGGUGAUUGUAACAUUGGUGUUGCAUAAAAAAGAACCUUAAAGAAGAUCAUUUGGACACUCAGAAACCUGAAAUAUCUAACGUACAUUCCAGUUUCCGAAUAUUUGGGAAUGUUCUUUUUUUCUUCUUAGUUUCUUUCACCUGAAAAAAUCACUUAAGUCGUAUUUAAAGUAUGUAUUGGACUGGUGACCAACUUUAUGAUCACCUUGUGAGCUAAUUACAAAUGUGAUUUAUUACUGUAAACAGGAGAAG